UUCAUCGGGUAUCCAAAUAUAUGGCUUCAUUUGAGUGGGCUCUUUGAAAACAAGAUCAAUUUAGCGAUUCGGGCCAAUUACCGAUCUGAUGGUCGGAUGUAGCCCCCCUGAAUGAAUAAAUAAUUAGGAUUAAUUUCUUGUCAGAUUUGAACCCGACACACAGCCACCAUGGUCAUCCUCGUAAAGGGAGACUUUGUGUGGCUUGAGGACCCCAGGAAAGAUGGCCUGAAGGUUCCGAUCGGAGCAGAGGUUAAAAUUGCGGAUUCUGGUCAACUUCAACUGACCGACGAUGAAGGCAAAGAGCAUUGGUUGUCGGACAAGGUGGCGCAGAAGCUGCGCACCAUGCACACAUCUUCCAUUGGUGGUGUGGAAGACAUGAUUUUACUGGGAGACCUCCACGAGGCUGGCAUCUUGAGGAAUCUACACAUGAGAUAUAAGGCCAAUUUCAUUUAUACAUACACCGGAACGAUCCUUGUAGCUGUCAACCCGUAUCAAGUCUUGCCCAUCUACAUGAGGGAACAGAUUGAGUUGUACCGGGAUAAAAGAAUAGGAGAAUUACCACCUCACAUCUUCGCCAUCGCCGACAAUGCUUACUAUCGCAUGUUACGAGGGCUCAGGGACCAGUGUGUCAUUAUCAGUGGUGAAAGCGGAGCAGGAAAGACCGAGAGUGCCAAGUUGAUCCUUCAAUUCUUAGCAGCAGUGAGUGGCCAGCAUUCAUGGAUUGAACAGCAGAUUAUAGAAUCAAAUCCCAUCAUGGAAGCCUUUGGGAAUGCCAAGACAAUCAGGAAUGACAACUCAAGUCGAUUUGGAAAGUACAUUGACAUUCACUUUCAAGAGAGGGGUGUCAUCGAAGGGGCAAAGAUUGACCAGUAUCUUCUAGAGAAAUCAAGACUUGUUGGUCAGCUCAACGAUGAGAGGAACUAUCACAUCUUCUACUGUAUCCUAGCUGGUAUGCCUGAUCAAGAGAAGAAUGAACUGGAACUCACCAAGGCAAAGGAUUACCAUUACCUCAUACAGGGCAACUGCAUCGAAUGCCCCGGUAGAAACGACCGUGAGGACUUCUCCACCAUCCGGGCUGCCAUGAAGGUCCUGAACUUCACCGACGACGAAAUCUGGGAUAUCUUCAAGCUUCUGGCGUCCAUCCUGCAUCUUGGUAACAUCAAGUACACCGCCAUUGAGAAGUCCAACCUUGAUGCUACAGGAUUCAAAGACCACUCACAGACGGCCAAGGUGGCCAAGCUCCUAGCUGUGAACCAGAAAGCCCUGGAAGAAGUCUUGACCACCAAGUCAACGACAGCAUCCGGUGAGGUGAUCAUCUCACCGGUCAGUCAUGCCAAAGCCAUUGAUAUGAGGGACGCCUUUGUCAAAGCUAUCUAUGGCCGCCUCUUCGUCUGGAUCGUCAACAAGCUCAACGUCGCCACAUUCAAGGAGCACGACAGGAGUACAGGGAAGAGGGUCAGCAUCGGUCUCCUGGAUAUCUUUGGCUUUGAGAACUUUGGCAAGAACAGCUUUGAACAGAUGUGCAUCAACUACGCAAAUGAAAAUCUUCAACAGUUCUUCGUCAGGCAUAUAUUCAAGCUGGAACAGGAGGAAUACGACAGGGAAGGAAUCAAAUGGCAGCAUAUCAAGUUUGUGGAUAAUCAAGAAACCUUGGACCUGAUCGCUGUCAAACCCAUGAACAUCAUCGCCCUCGUUGAUGAGGAGUCUCGCUUCCCCAAGGGGUCUGAUGAGACUAUGUUGGCCAAGCUCAACAAGCAACACUGCAAGAACAAGCUCUACAUCAGCGGUGCCUCAGCAAAGGGUACCCUCUUUGGUAUCAAGCACUUCGCAGGAACUGUUUACUAUGAGGCAACAGGUUUCCUGGACAAGAAUCGAGACACCUUCAGCCCGGACUUCAUCCAGCUCAUCCGCACCAGUCAGAAUGGCUACCUCAAGACCCUCUUUGCCAACGACCUCUCCUCCACCACCGAGAUGCGCAAGAAGUCACCGACGCUGGGAGCGCAGUUCAAGAAGUCACUGGAUCUUCUGAUGAACACCCUUGGACAAUGCCAGCCUUUCUUUGUCCGUUGCAUCAAACCUAAUGAGCAUAAACAACCCAAUGACUUUGAGAGAGAGCUGGUGGUAAGACAACUGCGAUACUCUGGCAUGAUGGAAACAAUCAGGAUCCGACGAGCUGGAUACCCAAUCCGCCACACUUUCUCAGAGUUUGUAGACCGUUAUAGGAUGCUGGUACCGGGUAUCAAACCAUCUCAGAAGGAGGAUUGUCUCGCCGCUUGCAAGAAGAUCGGCAAAGCAUUCCUUCAAGGUGAAGAUUGGCAACUUGGACACAAGAAGGUCUUCCUAAAGGAUGCACAAGACUUGUACCUUGAGAGCGAGAGAGACAAGGCACUCACCGCGAAGUGCGUUGUCAUCCAGAAGGUCUUCCGAGGGUGGUUCUACAGGCGGCGUUUCCUCCAGAUGCGCAAUGCAGCCACCACCAUCAGCAAGGCAUGGCGCAAAUAUGCCCAGAGAAUCCGUUACCUCAAGAUGAAACGAGGAUACCUCAGACUUCAGGCAGUUAUAAGGGCGAGGAUCCUGGCGUAUAGAUAUGAGUUUACAAGGAGGAGAAUUAGAGGAUUUCAGGCUCAUGCCAGGGGAUUCCUGAUCCGUCAGACGACCAGAAAAUAUCGUAGCAGCAUCGUCAAGAUUCAAGCUGGUUUCAGAAUGGUAUUAGCGCGGAGAAAAUACAAGAAAUUAGUGGCAGAGCACCGUCGUCGUAUGGAAGCAGAGAGGGUUCGGAAGGAGGAAGAGGAGAAGCUGAAACGGAAGCUGGGAGCGAAGAAGGCUAAACAAGAGGCUGAAAGAAGAGCUCAGGCUCUUCUCCUAGAGCAGGAGAGAUUGGAGAGAGAACAAGAAGAACAGGAGAAGCGAGAGAGGAUGGAAAAGGUCGCUGCCAUCGAGAAGGCCGAACUCCGUCGCAAUCAACCUCGGACGGACGUGGAGGUGGUGGACGAGCUCUUCGGCAACAUUGACAUGAAUGAAGAGGAAGGACAAGGUCCAAAAGGAUUUGAGGAUCUGGAGGCCUCGCACAUGAGAGCGGUCAGUACGGGUGAUUUUGACACCAUGAAACCUCACGUGCCGGAUGCGGAUGAAGACAUCUCGGAGUAUCGCUUUGAGAAGUUCGCUGCAACGUACUUUGAAGCCGGCCACACCCAGUACCACAUACGCAAACCUAUCCAUGAACCCUUGCUCGACCUCAAGAAUGAGAAUGACAGACAGGCUGCCCUAGCUGUUUGGAUUAUGAUCCUGAGGUUUAUGGGUGAUCUACCAGAGCCAAAGGCAUCUGCAUCAAUCGCUGACAGGGAUGGAAAGUCAGUGAUGACUAAGAUCUAUAAUACAUUAGGAAGAUCAAAAGGCAAAGCUACAGCCGAGCAAAUGAUGAUUGGAGAUGAUAUGAUUCCUACCGACGCGCCCAACUCUGGGAUCGGUGGUCGCAACAAGAACACGAUGAGACGCAAGCUGGUUUCCAUGACGCUCAAGAAGAAGUCCAAGAUCAGCCAGGAGAUGGCUCAGAGGAUACAGGACGGCAAUGAAGGUGACGUGGGGAAUAGCAUGUUGAUUGAUAGACCGACCUCUAACCUCGAGAAACUCCAUUUCAUCACCGGCCAUGGACUUCUCCGCCCAGAGCUCAGGGAUGAGAUCUACUGUAUGAUUUGUAAACAGCUGACUAACAAUCCUUCUCAGACCAGUCUACCUCGAGGUUGGAUCCUCCUCUCCCUAUGCGUCGGAUGCUUUGCACCUACCGACAGGUUUGUGAAGUAUCUGAGGUGUUUCAUCCUGACCGAAGGUCCGCCUGGCUAUGCAGCUUACUGUGAAGAGAGACUAAGGAGAACACUAGCUAAUGGAACCAGGAGUCAACCGCCAAGCUGGCUGGAACUUCAGGCUACCAAGACCAAGAACCCUCUAAUGCUGCCCAUCACGUUCAUGGAUGGAACGACCCGUACCCUUCUUGCUGACUCCGCUACCACUGCCAGGGAGCUGUGUCAGCUCCUAGCCCAGAAGAUCGGUCUCAAAGACCAGUUUGGGUUCUCACUCUACAUUGCCCUCUUUGAGAAGGUGUCAUCUUUAGGAAGUGGAGGAGACCAUGUCAUGGAUGCCAUCUCACAGUGCGAACAGUACGCCAAAGAGAAGGGAGCGCAGGAGAGGAACGCUCCUUGGAGGUUGUUCUUCAGGAAGGAGAUCUUUGCCCCGUGGCACGACCCCACGGCCGACCCGGUCGGAACCAAUUUGAUCUACCAACAGAUUGUCAGAGGUGUCAAAUUCGGAGAGUACCGAUGUGAUAAGGAUGAAGAUUUAGCAGCCAUUGCUGCUCAGCAAUACUAUGUGGAAUACAAGAGUGAUAUGUCCUAUGAUCGUCUUCUAAAGCUCGUCCCAUCCUACAUUCCUGAUAACGCCAUGACAGGAGCAAGAACGGCUGAGAGAUGGGCACAGAUGAUCAGUAGACAACACACAAGCAGCUACUAUGUCAAAGAUCGUGAGGACCCCGUCCGCGUCAAGGAGGACGUCGUCCGGUACGCCCAGCUCCGAUGGCCGCUCCUCUUCUCGCGAUUCUACGAGGCAUACAAGUUCUCCGGUCCAAGCCUCCCGAAGAACGAGGUGAUCAUCGCUGUGAACUGGACAGGAGUGUAUGUGGUGGAUGACCUAGAGCAGGUGCUCCUGGAGCUCUCCUUCCCAGAGAUCACCCAGGUUUCAAGCAGCAGGACGGGUAAACUUCAUGGUCAGAGUUUCACCCUGCUGACCGUCAAGGGGGAAGAGUUCACCUUCACAUCGUCCAAUGCCGAAGACAUCAGGGAUCUCAUCGUCUACUUCCUGGAUGGACUCAAGAAGAGAUCUAGAUAUGUGGUAGCGCUCCAGGACUGUCCUAAGCACAGUCAAGGGUCAUCAUACCUCAACUUCAAGCGUGGAGAUCUGAUCAUCCUGGAGCAGGAGAACGGUGACCAGGGGAUGAACCAAGGCUGGUGCUACGGCCAGAACGACAGCACUGGACAGAAAGGAGACUUCCCGGCUGACUGCGUCUAUGUUCUCCCGACCAAGACAAAACCACCCAAUGAGGUCGUGGCUUUGUUCACAAUGCACCCUGCAGAGAUGGUGGACCGUACGAUUGGACCAGCUGAUAUUGCCAUGAAUCAGGAUAUCCCAAACAAACAACAUACGCUGGAAGAAUUUUCCAUUGAUCACUUCAGACCGCCUCCCAAGCGUACCAUAGGAAAAGCAAUGAGACGCACCAAAGAGACCAUCUGGAAUCAUGCUAAGGAGCCCAUGAGACAACCUCUCCUCAAGAAACUUCUUCAGAACUCUGAACUCUCCAUGGAGGCCUGCAGAAUAUUUGAAGCUAUUUUGAGGUAUAUGGGAGAUUUUCCAGGCAAGAGGGUCACCCGACAUGGCAAUGAUCUAACGGACAGAAUCUUUGAGCCAGCAUUGAAGGCCGAGCCUCUGAAGGAUGAGGUUUAUUGUCAAGUCAUCAAACAACUCACAGAUACCAAGAAUAGACUGAGCGAGGAACGUGGCUGGGAGCUGAUGUGGCUACUCAGAAUCUUCGCCUGCAGUCAAACCCUGCUACCGGAGGUCACCAAGUUCCUACGUUCGACCCGCCACCAGCUGGCCCUCAACUGCCUCAACCGGCUGCAGAAGACGAUGAGGUUCGGCCAGCGCAAGUACCCUCCUCACCUGGUGGAGGUAGAGGCCAUCCAGCACAAGACCACCCAGAUCUUCCACAAGGUCUACUUCCCAGAUGAUACUGAUGAGGCCUUUGAGGUGGACUCUGGAACCAGGGCUAAGGAUUUCUGCCGUAGCAUCAGUCAGAGAUUACGACUUGUCUCACCAGAAGGAUUCAGUCUCUUUGUCAAGAUUGUUGAUAAGGUAAUCAGUGUACCAGAGGGAGAUUUCUUCUUUGAUUUCGUUCGUCAUCUGACGGACUGGAUCCGUAAAGCUCGGCCAAAUAGAGAUGGUGGUGUGCCCUUGACCUACCAAGUAUUCUUCAUGAAGAAACUCUGGACGAACACCGUCCCGGGCAAGGACCGCAACGCUGACAUCAUCUUCCACUACCACCAGGAAUUGCCCAAGUUGCUGCGUGGCUACCACAAGUGUAGCAAGGAGGAGGCGGCGCAACUAGCGGCUCUCCAGUACCGGGUCCGCUUCGACAAUGACAAGACAGAGUUUCAGAGCAUCCCGCGGCUGCUGAAGGAGUUGGUUCCUGCCGACCUGCAGAGGGUGCAGUCUCCCGAGGAAUGGAAAAGGUCCAUCGUUGGAGCGUACAACAAGCAUGCUGGGAAGUCACAGGACGAUGCCAAGAUAGCCUUCUUGAAGAUCAUCUACAGGUGGCAGACCUUUGGAUCGGCUUUCUUUGAAGUCAGGCAAACAUCAGCUAAUCAUCUACCUGACAUUCUGCUGAUUGCUAUUAACAAACAUGGAGUUAAUCUUAUUGAUCCCAGGAACAAGGAGCCAUUGGCAACUUACCCAUUCACCAAGAUCUCCAACUGGAGCUCUGGGAACACCUACUUCCACAUGACUAUCGGCAAUCUGGUCGGUGGUACCAAGCUUCUCUGUGAAACAUCACUGGGCUACAAGAUGGAUGACCUUUUGACCUCUUACAUCAGUCAGAUGCUGACCAACAUGAAUAAACAACACGUGAGGUGAGCGGGUGGUCAGAGAUGGACAAGUGGUCAAUUCUGCUUGAUGAUUAAUCAUAAUGUAGUCACUCCGUUCCACACAUUUUCACAGUUGCAUGCUGGGUAAUUGUGAGGUAAACAACAGAAUAGGGCUGAAAUUUAUCAAGGCAAGUUCGAGAUCAUUAUUCACGUAGGUCUACUAAUGUAUAUCCAUUUCAGCAUGGUGGAAAAUGUGAUGUGAGUAAUCACACACUGAUUCGAUGUCCAGCUUGGGAAAUGAUUAUUAGAGCAUAUCAUACGGGAGGGUGGGAGGAGAGUGGUCUAACAAAUUAUUUUGCAAACUGUACAUGACAUUGUGGUCUAGGUAGAAAAAGGGACUCACAACUUUAGCUUGAUCACGGUUUGAUUGAUAUUUAACCGUGAAAUUUUGAGAUUUCUGUAUCCAUUUAAACAAAAUGUUUGCCUGAAAUAUGGCAUAUUUCAAUCCAGCUGAAAAAUGUGGCUUAUCAUGAAAAUGUAAUUUAUCAUUGACUUCAUAGUAAUUAUCAUAGUGGUUAUUGUAGAAAGUACAUACAGUCUUGAAUUGUUCAGAUAGAUCUGUUUUACUUGUACUUUUCAUUCCAAAAGAAAUGAAAUAUUUGUUGACAGAUUAAUUGUAUUUUGAAGGGAUUAUUCAUUAUUUACUGUAAGUGAUUUCUAUUCUAUAGUAAAAGUGUAUGCCCCCAAGAUGAUUCAAUGUUGUGAAAUUUCUGAAAGUUGACAUUUCUAUUAAUUUGCACUUUUGUAAAAGAAAAAAAUAUAUUGUUACAUAUUUUUGCACAAAUUUGAUCAUGGAUUCACUUGUAUCGAUGUAAAAUAUUCACAUAAAGAUUAUAUCAAUAAUAAGAAAGUACUAUAACUAGACACUGUAAAGCAUCGGUCCUUGUCUUUUUGUGAAAACAUGUUAUUGCUAUAAAGUCAGUAGUAUGCUUUGAAAGCUAGACCCUCAACAGUAACUUGUUGCAUGCAGAGUAACCAUUAACACCAUGAGUGAACUACUGUGCGGGAAUGAUAAAGUGGUGAAAUCUCUCCUAAUUCAUCUUGAAUAUAGACUAUAUAUUUUAUAUGCUCAUACACCUACAAUGAUCAUAUUGCUAUAGUCUUGGUAAGGAGACUACUGACUACCAAUUCCAGGAGUCUAUUGUUUCAAUAGUGCUUAAUGUAUAAUGUUUUUAAUGAAUUAUAAGCAUCACACAAAGUACUGCAGUUGCAAGGAGAAUUUCCUGAUCAGUAACAGAUUUUCAACAAUUUAUACAAUUCUGAAGCCUUUGACAAACAGGUAUUUACUCAUUGUUCUGUAAAUAUGAUAUGAAUAAUAGGUACGUAUCCAGCAUCAGGGAGGUGUUUCACUAAAGUUGUCAGCACUCACAAGUUGGCUUUCUCUGAUAGUUACCAUGGUAACAGUCAGAGGCAAGUGCCUCACAGCCAAUUAAAGCCAAGGAUUUCACUGAAAUUGUCAGCACUGACAAUUUAGUCAGUGCUUACAACUUUCAUGAAACAUCCCCCCUAGACUCUACAAAGCAUUUCAUGGGCCAAGUUGUCCGGGGACAAUAGUGACUCUAUUAUGCUUGAACAUGGACCCAUACAUUUCUUUGUCAGAUUUGAUGCUGGAAACGUCAAUGAAUAAUGCCGUGUAUCAUCAUUCACAUAUUACAAAUGCCUUCCAACAGAACUAGUAUAUCUAAAUUUGCAGUAAUAUUUGCAAGAUUAGAAAUUAAUAUUCACGACUGUAUUCAGAGUAAUAGUACUACAUUGAUUUUAGAAUCUGUAACCUUGAAUUGCUAACUCAUCUGUCUUUCAUCAUCAUAUUGCUGCCUUGAUUUUACAAUAGAAUAUCUUCCAGCUGUAUAUGUGUCAAAAUUGUGAAAAUCAAUUUGUAUAACUUAUUAGAUGUCAUUAAAUGAUUAAGAAUGUCAUAUUCAGUAUGGACAUAAAACUAUUCAGGCGUAAAACAAUAUAGGGAUAUAAUUUGAUUCGCAAGAUUAUUCUUUUAUGUUCAGAAAUUGUUUCAGUUAAGGUUUUAUAGAAUCUUCAAAUUACAGCAAAGUGUACUUUACUGAACUCAGCUUCUGGGUUUGGAAAUAAAAGAUGUUAGAUUAUUGCUCUGGCUUUUAUGAGAUGAUGUACUAUAUUACAUGGUUAAGGAUCAAAUCCUCUGUGAUUUCUGCACUCUUUUUACACCCUAAAACAAUUUGAAAAUUUAUUAUCCAAUUUCUAUCUUAGCAUAUUACUGUGCAAAAGUUUUCUACUUCAAACAUCUUUUGUUUUCCCAUACGUGUGAGAAAGCCUUGGUGACGUGGGAUGGUGACGUCCUCGCAACCCCUGCUGAAUAUGCUCUGUGAAAACCUAUUUUUAGAAACGGAGAGCAUAGUCAUAGCAGGUCAAAGGUGACAAAAGACUUUGUAAUGCCCUUAUAGAGAGGCGAAGUAUUGAAGUGAUGGAUCAAGUAAUGCAGCAAUCAAAGAAAAUGUUGCAUGUUUUGGGAUGUAAAGCAACCUCUUCGAAAUUACUUUCAUGAUUUCUAGUUUAU